AUGCCAGUUUUUCAAUCAAAAACAUUCCGCCGUACCACUUCGGAGUCGUCGACUCUCGGGGAGCGCCUUGGCGCAUUCUACCGGGCACGGCUAACUCGGCAUCCGUUCAUCUUGUUCGGACUUCCAUUCAUUAGUGUCAUUGUAGCUGGAUCUUUUGCUCUGACACCUGCUGCGGCCCUCCGCUAUGAGCGCUACGACCGCAAGGUCAAACAACUCAGUCAGGACGAGGCUUUUGACCUCGGACUCAAGGGUCCCGACGGAGAGGAGGGAAUCAAGCGAAACCCCCGGAGAAGGAUUGUCGGAGAUGAGAAGGAAGAGUACUACAGACUCAUGGCCAAGGACCUCGAUCAAUGGGAACAGAAGCGAGUCGAGCGGUUCAAGGGUGAGCCAGAUGGGCGAUUAUGA